GCAAAGCACUGUGAUCAAGAUGAAUACUUUUCUGCUGGUCCUGUUUUUCGGAGCUUCAGUCGCUUUGGCAGAAUCUCCUUUUGGGCUCUCAGCUCUAGAUGAACUCUCAGACGAGGGGAGUGAAGAAAUCAUUGGGGAAUUUGCAGAUGUGGAAAAUGACCCUCACAACCCUUUCCCCAAGAAGAUAAUGUGUCUUAUAGCACUCAAAAAAUGCAAGGCAAUUUUUGAAAAGUGCCGUCCCAAGCCGACCCUUCCCGAGCUGGCACGCGAUGAAUUCUCAGAUGAAAAUGAUCCGCAUUACAUACCGAGUGGUCCACCCAAGCCGGUAAACUGA